CUCCGUCAUGAGCAGCAACGACCAGACACCGCUUCGACUGGUAGCCCCGAACGCGGUGUUUCCCAUCGCGGCGGCCGGUCGGACGUCACCACCAACCUCCGUGCCGCCGCCGAGCCUUCUUGAGCAGUACCAACGCAUGCAUAUGUACCAACACUACGCGCUGGUCGCCGCCGAGAGGCUCAGGUCCGCCGCCAACGCGCAUCCUGCCCUCAUUUCCGCCGCUGCUGCACAUCACACUUACCCUAACUUUCAGACCGCAAUGGCAGCCGCAGCCGUCGCCGGAAUGCGUCAACACGAUUUGCCCGGUCUGUAUGGCUACAAAUUCGACCCGCGAAUUUACCGCGCGGCGGAGGAGCCAAAGCCGCAGCACAGCUACAUCGGGCUGAUCGCGAUGGCCAUCCUGAGCUCGCCCGAGAAGAAGCUCGUGCUGUCGGACAUCUACAACUACAUCCUGGAGCACUAUCCGUACUUCCAGACGCGCGGCCCCGGCUGGCGAAACAGCAUCAGACACAAUCUCUCUCUGAACGACUGCUUCGUCAAAUCAGGGCGCAGCGCCAACGGUAAGGGCCACUACUGGGCCAUCCACCCGGCCAACGUGGAGGACUUCAAGAAGGGCGACUUCCGGCGCAGGAAAGCACAACGCAAAGUGCGCAAACACAUGGGUCUGGCCGUGGAGGAGGAGGACUCGCCGAGUCCGCCGCCGUCCACGUCCCCUCCCAGCUGGGGCGGCAUGAUGGCCACCAACCUGCCCUUCGGACAGUUCCCCGGCCUGCUCGAGGGCGCCACCAGCUGCACCCCCGUCGCCCGCAAGCGCCAGUUCGACGUCGCCAGCCUCUUGGCGCCAGAGCCAGAAAUCAGGCAAACGGAAGACGAUGAGGAGGACAUUGACGUGGGCCGCGAGGAGCCGACACAGUCGCUGUUCCGCCUUGCCUCUCCCCUGGCACGCCAACCCUUCAUUUUUCCCGCCACCACGGGAUUUCCCUAUUACUUUGAUCAACUGAUGAGGAGCAGAGAAGAGCCCAAGGCCGAGCCGCCGGCCAGUCCGGACGACCAGAGUGAUCCAGAAUUGAAGUAAAUGUCAAAAUUAUCCUAUAUUAAUUAAUUUAAGUGUAAUUAAUAUUGAUUGAUCUCUGUAAAAAAUUGUUUUCUGUAUGGACCGCAGAAUUCACGAGGUUGUGACAGCGGUAAAUGAUACUUCAACCCUUCUUUGCCGCUGCAUUUCAAACCGAAUUUAUUGAUACUAGUCAUUGUUAAUAUAGGGCUGUGAGUUUUGGACGAUCGACUAUUUAUAGUCAAAAUCCAUCUAAAUUGACUAAAAACCAAAAAAAGGCUUACAUUUUACCUUUACCCACUCGGAAAUAUUUCUCAUGGUUUCGUUUUAGUCAAAUAAUUAUUAUAUUUUGUUUGGUCUAAACGGUUUCCCGUAAGGCUAAACCGAUUUAAUUGCUGCAAAAGACAGGCUAAAAAUAGUCGACCUUAUUGGUGAAAAAACCGUCUAAGAAUAACAGCCCUGGCCAUUUUAUGUUUUUUAAUAUUAAUGAGUAAAUAGGUGUAUAAUAUGGUAAAUAAAAUUGUUAUA